AUGAAGUUGAUGACUGCUUACUUAUCAUGCUUCCAGUUCCUGGGGCUUUGGUUUAUGUCGUUACAUUUUCGCUUAGUGGUAUUUUGCCUUCUGCUUGGUACUGGACGAAUGGCUGCUUACUGCUUGAUGUUUUGCAUUUCUUUCUGGAAGGUUCCGGGUCAGGCAACUGAUUUGAGCGGCCAGUUGUCUCAGAAGGAUGUGACACUUCCAUGUAACAAGACAUGCUUUUCUAGAGGGCCCUUUGUUUAUGGUUUCAUAGAUCUUUUUACUGGCUCUGGGGAGUCAUGGCAGUGGGGCCUUGGAAUGGAAGAGAGGGCCGAGUUAAAUUCUUCAGCACAUUCGCACACAUUAAAUGUUUCCAAGCAUCACUCUGAGAUUCAAAAGAAAAAAAUUGACCAGAAUGUGAAUGUGGCGGUGAUUCAGGAUACUAAGCAAGGUCCUCUCCUUUACCCUGCAGCAAAAUUAGAUACUCUUGAAGAAGAGAGUGAUGAUGCCAGUAAGGAUACUAAUUUGAGUAGAUCAUUAUCAGAAGAAUCAAGUGGAGACGGUACAGUUGACAAGCCAAAUGGCCAUAAGAAAAGCAUGAUUGGUGACAGAACCUAUGGAGUAGGUGAUGGCUGCAUUGAGGAAUUUAUUCUGGUAGAGCAUCUUUCGGAAACUGACGAUGGUGAUGUAGAUAGUGAGCCUUCACAGUUGGUCUCUUCCGACUCUGUGAUUCACAAUCACUUAUCUCAGACUAUGGAAAGAGAUCUAAUUUUGGCUCACCUUCUUCGCCUUGCUUGCGCUCCUAAAGGACAAUUAGCUGAUGCCUUGCCAGAAAUAACAUCAGAGCUGCACAGCCUGGGCAUCAUUUCAGAGCGGGUGCGAGAUUUGGCUACCAAACCAUCAGCACUUUUUGACAAGAGAUUUGAUCAGGUUGUUAGGCAACAUAUGAUUUCAUCGAAGGUCUCUCAGUUUUGGAAAACUGCUUCUGAUUUCGAAGGGCAGAAUUCUUCAUCUACUCCUAGUUCUCGAUAUUUAAAUGACUUCGAGGAGCUCCAACCCCUUGUGGUCAAUAUAACUUCCAGAGACCAGCUUCUGAACCUAGGAUUGCAACUUCCAUCUUCUGAACAAGGGAUGGCCAAAAUCUCUGUCUCUUGCAAAGGAUAUGUAGUUAGAAACCUUUGGCCCUUCAUCUUACAGGAGGAGGUCAGGAAACCUAACUUAGAGUGA